CGAAAAUUAAUAACUCAUAGCUUCGUAUUACAGCAAAUGUCAUGCACGGGUUAUGCAGCAGCAACCGAGAGCAACUCACAUACGAUAGCAAUAUUUCACCAUUUGAGAGAAGAUUCAGAAUUUAAUCGUACUGCAAAGUCACAAGGUCGUGACUGAAAAGUAUCUGUCGCCUGGAUCGUUCGAAUAACACGAGGGGAAAUAUUGGUAUCCAAAUCACCAGAGUCUACUCUGCAAGUGUAGAGCAUCAAUCAGCCAAACGCACCUACACAAGAAGUCACCAUGAAGUUCACCCUCGUCCUCCUCUCCGCUUUCGUAGCAGCCGCGAUCGCUCGUCCCCAAGAAGAGUCAAUCCCAAAACCCGGAAUCAUCCCAGUUCUCCAAAGAGACGAGGUCCAUGAUGACUUUGGUCAGUACGCUUUGAGCUAUCUCUCCGGUGACGGUACCAGCAUGACUGAGCAAGGUGCACUCAAGAUCAACUCCGAGGGUACCGGACACGUCCUUGUCAAGCAAGGAUCCGUCAGGUACUACGCACCUGAUGGAACCCCCAUCAACCUGGAGUACACUGCUGAUGAGAAUGGCUUCCAGCCUAAGGGAUCUCAUCUCCCAACACCACCCUCAGUUCCUGUUGCUUAAACUUGAAAUACCUACUUACUUCAUGGA